AUGCCUUUCAAACAAACUUUCGAAAAACACCUCAACAAAGAUCUCGAGUCUAAUCGCGACUCGGCUCUUUACCCACCACCUCUUCCACCUGCCGAUUUGGAGUCUCCUCCACCUCCACCACCUCCCGCAGCUCCUCAGGUCUUCACAAGCUACCCAGAGCGCAGAGGCGGCAUCUACGUUCCCACACCCUUGCUCAUCCUCCUGAUUCUGGUUCUGCUCUUUGAGUCCAGCGUUCUUUUUAUCUACACGGUGGUUGCCCUCUGGAACACUCUACCACUCCCCAUCACUCAACCUCCCAUUCUGCCAUUGCCUCAACAGCAGAUCUUGCAACCAACCACAAUCACCUCAAUCUCAACUACAACUGAAACCUCGACGUUCAGCACAACAUUCAUCAGCACUACUACUCUGAACCUCUCAACCACUCUUCCGGCUUCUACGACCACCAUUUCUUCAACUACGACUGUUGUCCCUACUCCAAGCACCAUUCCGCCCGUCACGGUUACUAAACCUGCUCCUACCAUUACCGUCACGAGUACUCUGACGCCGUUUGAAUUGCCUUCGAUCACUACCAUGACUAUUAUGAGUACGACUAGUGAGGCGGACAGCGGCAGCACAACCACAAGCACUACUGUCAUCACUGCCAAAUAA